UCCAUACAAUACAGCUACAGGGUUUGGGCCGUUUGGCUCUCUUUCGCCUUUCGUCUUUCGCCUUUCCCCUUUCCCUCCGCCGUUCGGGGACAGUACCUAAGGAGGUUGUUGCCUAUUGGCGACUCUACCCAGAUGGAGCUCUGCAACUAAAAAGGCGAAUAAGAGAAUAGUUUUCAUGUGGACCAAUCAGCCUGAAUUCGAUUCAUUUCGCCUCUUUUCUUCAUCUUCUUCAGAAGAUGAAACCCAGUCGGGCUUAGGGUUUCUUGAUUCUUCACUACAACAACAGCACUCAGGGCGCCCUCCCCGACCACCUUGCCUUGAAGUUCUUCCCUCGGAGGUUUCCUCAUCUGUGAGAUACACAGUGGAGCCCGUGAAUUUGAACGGAAUUACUCUGGUCAAGGGAAGGGUGAGUACUCAGGAGGUUUUCCAAUUAUCAAAUUCCGAUUUGGUUCCUGGUAGAUAUGAAGGAGGACUGAAACUAUGGGAAGGUUCACUAGAUUUAGUUAAAGCUCUGCAGUCAGAAGUGCAAGGUGGGCGAUUAAUACUUACCGGAAAGCGUGUCUUAGAGCUGGGAUGUGGGCACGGACUUCCUGGGAUCUUCACAGGUCUUGAGGGUGCUGCUGUCGUUCAUUUCCAGGAUUUCAAUGCUGAGGUGCUUCGAUGUCUCACUCUCCGUAAUGUGAAUGCUAAUCUCUUGAAGAAGUCUGAGUCUUUGGAUACAGAAACAAAAGUGUGGAAUACAGAUACAGAGUUUCGUUUCUUUGCUGGUGACUGGUGUGAAGUCCAUCAAAUUCUUCCAUGCUUACAAACCAAUGCGAUGGGCCAAAACUGUAACUCAUGGCUCUAUCAAUCUGUUGGUUAUGAUAUUAUUCUUAUGGCAGAGACUGUCUACUCAACAUCUUCGCUGCCUCAUCUUUACCAGCUUAUAAAGAAGUGUUUGAAUCCUCCACAUGGAGUUGUUUACAUGGCUGCUAAGAAGCACUACUUUGGAGUAGGAGGAGGAUCAAGGAGAUUUCUGUCUAUGGUGGAGAAAGAUAGUGCUAUGGUGGCAAGCCUGGUUGCGGAAGUCGCUGAUGGUUCCUCUAAUGUUCGAGAGGUGUGGAAACUUCACCUAAAGUAGUUUUUCAUUUUCCUGGAGAAGCUCUUGUUGGAACUGUCAGAUUUAUGCAUGGUAUUGUUUCCUCUUCAAGCGUGUGAUUUCACGAACAUCGUCCCUCCCCUCCCUCCGGGUUUUUUUUUUCUUUUUUUUUUUUUUUUUUUUUGGGGGGGGGGGGGGGGUGUUCAAUGCAAACCUGCUAGCCUAUGCAAGAACAGGAGAUCCUUUGUAACGCUUUGGGUCUUUUUUUUUUUUUUUUUAAUUUCGGUGCAACGGUAUCCAUUUAGCCCAUGCAGGAGCAGGAACAUAAGAAACCUUUGACAGCUGAGCUGACUAUGCAACCACCUGUAUCUAUUGCUUUUGCCUUUGUUUUGUUUGGAAUAAUGGAGUGCGAUUUUGUUCACCCUCACUGUUUUUCACUGUUUUUGUAAGGGUAAAAAAUAACGAAACGACAUGCGAUAAUUUUUUAUUGUUGUUCUGAUACUUUUCACCUCACAAAAACAGUGAGGGCAAUGGUGGAACAAAAUCGCGCACGGAAUAAUGGGCCUUUACUGCGA